AUGGGUUCUGUCCAACACCCGAUCGUUAUGAUCAACUCAGCAUGUGCAAGAUCAGCCCAAAUCUGCAAACUCACACCGGUGCCCCUGGAUGAAAUCUGGGCUCAAGCAGCCUUAGAUCCAGAGUACCUCUCUUUGAAAAAAGCCAUUGAGAACACCUCUGGGAAUCUGGUGAACCGAUACCUGACUUUAAAGGACGGACACGUCUUCUAUAAGGAAAGGUGGUACAUUCCAAAUCAUCGGGAACUGAAGCUCAAGAUCCUGAGCGCCCUACAUGAUUCGAAGACUGCUGGUCACUUUGGACAAUUCAAAACGGCAGAACGCCUUCGGGCACUGUCCUUUGCCAAAAGAUGGACAACGAUGUGGAAGAAUACGUUCAGAGUUGCGAUACAUGUCAACGCGCUAAAGCCUCAAACACACAAGAAGAAAGGGAUGUUGCAACCUUUAGAGGUCCUCUCUAUUCCUUGGAGUUCCAUUUCAAUGGACUUUAUCACCAAAGCAACCAUCGAAGAACUUGCUCAAAAUCUUCCUCCGGGAGAUACGGCGACUGCAUGGACUUCCUGA